UAGCACUGACUAUUCCUACGAUUCACGACAUUCAUAUACCGAGCUCUACGUUGUCUAUCUCUUUGCUUCCUUCUCAACCCAACUCUUUCUCUCUUUCUCGCUAUGUUUCUGUUAUCCUCGGUUAUUCCAAUGGACAUUGCAAAGUCGAAGGCUUCAAACACAAGCGACUCUUACUUACCUCCCAAGAAACGGAUGAGACUCAGCGAACCACCCACCGAAACUACACUAGUUUCCGCUGCUAUAAAGAAGGGUUCGUUUUCAGACAACAUAAAAUAUAAAGGAGUGGUUCAGCAACCGAACAGUCGUUGGGGAGCUCAGAUUUACGUAGACCACAAACGGAUAUGGCUCGGUACUUUCAGUUCGGCUGCGGAAGCCGCCAUGGCUUUCGAUAGCGCUAGCAUCAAGCUUCGAAGCUUUGACACUAUCUCGGAAAGAAACUUCCCAUGGUCUGAUUUAACGGUCCAAGAACCGGUGUUUCAAAAUGGCUACACAAGAGAAGCUGUCUUGAACAUGAUCAAAGACGGUUCUUACCAACGCGAGUUCAUUGAUUUUCUCAAAAACCGGUCUCAGGUUGUCGUGGGAUUAAAACAGAACCGAAGAGAUGAAGAACCCAGCAAGUGCUUCUCAUCCAGGCAACUUUUUCAGAAGGAACUGACAGCGAGCGAUGUAGGGAAACUAAACAGGCUUGUGAUACCGAAGAAGUAUGCGGUGAAGUAUUUACCUUUCAUAAGCGAAAGAGAAGAGGGUGAAAUAGUAGAAGAUGUCGAGGUGGUGUUUUAUGACAGAGAGAUGAGACGAUGGACGUUUACGUAUUGUUACUGGACAAGUAGCAAGAGCUUUGUCUUCACCAGAGGAUGGAUCGGUUUCGUCAGGGAGAAGAGCCUCAAGGAGAAAGAUGUGAUCACGCUUUACACAUGUGAUGUUCCGACAUUAGAAGGUCAAAGCAAAAAGUUCUCGAUGAUCGAUAUCCAUCGCUUUUCAGACAACGACUCCGUGGCAACUGAUGAGGAAGUAAACAAGACAGUUCAUGAUAUUUCUGAUGAUGUAAUGAAACCAGAGAAGUUCUUUAACUCGAAGUUUGGAGAAGAAGAGAACAGAGGAGGGUUUAUGUUGUUUGGUGUAAGGAUCCAAUAG